AUGGAAGUCGAGAAGGAGGUCGACGGAGAGAAGGGCAGCCAAAGUGACAAUGAUAUAGAAGGUGUGAUGGAGGCCGCCACGGAGAAGAAAUGCGAAGGUGAGAAGGAUAUAGAAGGUGGGAAUGACACUACCGGGGAGAAGAACGAUAAAAGUGACAAAGACGUAGAAGCUGACGAGGACGCUGCCGGAGAGAAGGACAACAAAGAUAAUGAUGUCGACGAUGUAAAGGAUGCCGAGACUGCGAAGGACACCAACAAUAACACGAAGCAUGCCAAAGAAGAGAAGAACACCGUCGCUGUCAAGGGUGACAAUAAUGAAUCCGCUGUUGAAGAUGCUACCCAUGAUGAAGCGAGGGAGGAAGAAAAGGAGAACAAGGAUAAUGCGCACGAGUCUGACAAUCCAAUCACCGCCGAUGUUGAAAAAAAUGUAUAA